ACACAGUCGCAUCCAAGCAGCGAGCCCUCCCCUCCUGUUUCUCUCCGCCUGGAAAGAUGGCUGCUCCGGUGGUGGUGAGAAGCUCCGGCCCGGCGCUCUGCCCGAGCUUCGCGGAGGUCUGUUCGUUCCUGGAGCGAUACGGAGCGGUGCUGGAUCUGCCCGAGAUGACUUUCCCGCAGAUGGAGAGGUAUCUGCGGGACACAACGACAGUUCCUAAACCUCUUGUGGAGCUUCACGUAAAGCUGCUCAGAAAACUGGGGAGAUCUGUGACUGCUGACCGCUGGGAAAAAUACCUGGCUAAGGUUUGCCAGGAGUUGAACAGUACCUGGGCAUGGGAGCUGGAGCAGAAGGGCUACCAGGAGAUGUCCAUGGAGUGCAAGUCAUGCAUCCUCAAAUAUCUCUGCGAGUGCCAGUUUGAUGACAACCUAAAGUUCAAGAUGGCGAUUAAUGAGGAGGACCCUGAGAAGAUGCGUCUGCAGCCUAUAGGUCGAGACCAGCAGGGCCUGAUGUACUGGCUUCAGCUGGACCAGGAGCAGAACAUUCGACUGUACACAGAGGAACAGGACGAUCUGGACGGAUCUACCUGGAAGUGCAUUGUUAGGACUCGCAACGACCUGGCUGAGGCUCUGGAACUGCUGAAGGCCCAAGUUGAACCAAAACAGAAUCAGGACCAGGACCAGAACCAGAACCAGAAUCAGGCUGGAUCCAGGAGUGCCAGUCCCACAGAGAAAGAUGCAGGGGAUGAGGCCAUUGGAAGCACAAAGCCCGAACCCUCCAAGACCACAGAGAAACAUGCUGAUAGUGAGAAGGCUGAGCCUGUAAAGGAAGAGGGACCCCUAUUACAAGCGAUAAAGCAGGAGGAGACGCAGCAUACCAAGCAGGAAAACACUGUGGCUAAGGUGAAAAUAGAGAGGAUGGACCACAAAUCAUUGGCUGUCUUUAAUAACCGUGUGAGCACGAUCACCACCGUCAUCAAAUCAGAAUCCAGGGAUGCUGACAUUCCCAAAAACGCUGUCUCUGUCGUCAUGGCACCAGGUGCAACUGUAACAAAACAGGAAAUGAACAAGGAGGAGGAAGCUGAACGGGCAGUCGUCAGGAGCAACCAGCAAGCCAAGAUACCACUGAAAAAGAGGGAGCUUAAGAUCGCUGAGAGUUACCACAGCAACCACCUUAACAACAGUACCAGCAGUAGUAUUAUUGUCUGUAACCCUUCAGUGAUCCAGACCAAGGACAGUCAUGGAAAAGAGGGGAAGUUGACAAGCUCAUUAGCGCCACCUGGAGGUCCGUCUGCCUCACAACCGAAGCAGCAACUAGUGGUCACUGCAUCGAGGCAAGAAUUGAGCAACGGGAGACCGUCUCUCCCAUUGCCGCACAAAGAGGGACAAAAUGGAGUCAUAGGAGUUAUAGGUCAAGUCGGUGUUGUAGGUCAUGUAGGGGUCAUCCGUAGCCCAUCUGAGCGUCACAGAGCCCCCAGUGCUGAGCACCAGGAACAAAAUGGGCCCAGUUUAGACCACUGGGGUUCCAGGGCUGUGGAGGAAGAGAGGGAGAUGAGCCGGCAAUCAGUGCUGGUAAGGAAGGGGCCGGUUGAAGGGGAGACUGCAGCAACAGCUGCCAUUGCUCAUCUUCCUCCUGCGGCAAUGGAGGCUCAAACAGCUAGAAAACUACCUUUGUCAUCCUUAAAAUCUGACCCACUCCCCGAAACUUCAGAGAAAAAAGUGGAUUCUGUUAAUGUGUCUUCACUGUCACAGACCACAGAGGACCUCAAAAGACAGACAGCAGAAGACCAGAGUAAAAAAAUAACAGAGGAGCAGUUAGACAGGGGGACAAAAACUGGGCACAGCAGUCGUCAACAGAAGGAUGACAACGUGGACGAAAAGGAGGAGAGGAGAAGAGAAGUGUCUGGGCGCCCCAUGGCAGAAGAAGGAAGCAAAGAUGACCAUGAAAAGAGUAAAAGCACUUCAGGAAAGUUGGAGGCAGAAUCAGGGAGCACUGCUCCACUUCAAAAAGCAGACCAGCAGGGAGAUGGGGUCAAUGGUAGGUCGACUGCCCAGGUUAGGGAGAAGGACACUGGGCUUGGAUCAGGGGAGAGGCAGGGUCCCCUGGAGGAAGCUUCCUCUGAGCUCCAAAAAGAAGGAAUCAGGUUAAAGAUCAAGAUUCCUCCGCACCGGAGAAACAAGUUAAGGGGGAAAGGGGAAAUGGAGGAGGAGAAAGAGAGGGAGCAGGAGGUGCACGAGGAAGGGAGGCCGCUGAGGAGAUCUGCAAGGAUUUGCAGAUCAUCUGCUUUGCCAACCUGCAGGCCGAGCUCAAAGGUGGCUGAGAGCCAGAGAAAGAAACCACAAAAAAAACAGGCACUGCCUACCAGAACGAGAGAAGAAGAGGAGGAGGAGGGAGAAGAAGAAGAUGAAGGGGAGCAGAGCUCAACUACAAAGAAAGACAGAAAAACAGAACUUGUCAGGCAAAUUAGGAAACAGAGGGGUAAACGGAGGCAUCGACGCCCCCGAUGGUCCAACAUUCGUGCCAAGAGACGCAAAUUGAAUGAGGGAGAGGAGGUGGAGGACAGAGGCAGGAAACGAGCAGAGGGGGAGAGCGAAGGAGGGAGCGACUCAGAAGAAUCUUGUAAAUCAGAGGAGAUUCCCAGUGAGGAUGCCUGCAGUCACUGUGGCCUGCCCAACCACCCUGAACUGAUCCUGCUCUGUGACUCUUGUGAUAGUGGAUACCACACUGCCUGCCUGCGGCCACCGCUCAUGUUGAUUCCUGAUGGAGAGUGGUUCUGCCCACCCUGCCAACAUAAACUGCUGUGUGAGAAACUGGAGGAGCAGCUGCAGAACCUGGACAGUGCUCUGAAGAAAAGAGAGAGAGCAGAGAGGAGGAGGGAACGGCUGGUGUACGUGGGAAUCAGUGUGGAGAACAUAAUACCUGAGGGAGAUGAGGGGGAAGAAGAGUCAGCAAAGUCGACAAAAAAGAAAGAUCCUAAAAAGAGCAAAAAUCUGGGGAGGAGAUCAACCAGAACCAGGAAGCACAUCAGCUACAGAUUUGAUGACUUUGACGAUGCCAUUGAUGAAGCUAUAGAGGAGGACAUCAGAGACCUCUGUGGAGCAGGUCGAGGCAGAGACAUCAACACUAUCCUGUCAGAGGAUGGAAAGGAGAGCCAGCGGCCAAUCAGAAGCCAGACUCCGUCGGCCAGGAACAGGAAGAAGAGGAGACUGAAUGACCUGGAGAGUGACAGCACGGCAGCAGAAAGUGAAGACGAGUUCAUGCUCAGCAACAGCUCAGAGGAUGAAGACUUUGGUGCGUCAGGGGCUGAUGAUGACGAGGAUGAAGAUGAAGAUGCGGGCAGCGACAUGGGCAGCUUGGACAGUGGGACCCGCCCCAAACGGGCGGUGAGAGGCGUACCUAAGCACCGACCCAGCAGGCCCCAACGCAGGGGCAGGAAACGGCUGAGACGGCGGCGGAGGCGCUCCUCAGAGGAGGAGGAGGAAGACAGUGAUGAAGAAAUGGGCUCGGAUCAGUUCAGCGACAUGACUGACAGUGAAACUGACAAAAAAAGGCGGGGUCUGAGACGUGGCCAGCGCCAGCAUGUGAACUACCGCGAGACGUCUGAAUCAUCUGACAACUCCCGGGCCUCCGCCAAGAGGAUUAAGGUUAAAGCCCGUGGCAGACCACGCAAGGAGCAUCUCUCGAGCGACUACAGUAAUGUGUCGCCUUCCUCCAGAGAGUCAGAGGAGGAUGAUGAUUAUGAAGAUGAAGAGGAAGAUGACCAGAGAAGACGAGUGAACAGGAGGAGAAGAGAGGAGGAACAUCUCCGGGGGCGCAGAACGAGAGAGAAGGGGAAGAGAUAUGACGAGGAUGACGAGGAUGACAGAGAGAGAGGGAGGCGGCUGAGACGGAAACUAUCAGAGAAGGAGAAGGACAAAGACAAGUGGAGGAGGUUACGGAGGACAGAAAGAGAAGAGGAAGACUUGGAGAAGAUGGGCAGGGGGAAGAGGAGAGAGAUACUGUCACAGCAGCGACGCAAACGGCUCGCUCAGAUGCUGAAAAAAAGGCGACCUUCAACGGAUGAUGAGGAUGAGGAAGAAUCAGAGGAAUCAGAGUCAUCAUCGGAAGAGGAUCGUCCAGUCCGUAAAAGACUCAACCGCAUUGACUCUGAUGAUGAUGAAGAGGAAGACGAGGAGGAGGAGGAGGAGGAGGAGGAGGAGGAGGCGGACGACGAGGAGGGAAGGCAGAAGACGACGAUGAUGAAGAAGUGUUCAGGCGGGGAGAGGAGGGCCGACAGUGACACUCAGGAAAAGGGGAGAGGCCGUAGCCUGUCUCCAUCAAAUGGACAUCGGACCUCCAGAGGCCCGGCGAAGCCUGGGGCUGGAAGUCCCGCUGUGCCCAGGGACAGUGCAGGAUCAGGCAGGCAGGGCAGGCACAAUGGCCCCUUACAUCCAGAGGAGGAGGAAGAGGAGGAAGAGGAGGAGGAGGGCCAGACAGACUCAUUAAACUCUGUCCAGAACAGUCCACAGUCAUGAUGGCUGUUUGUGUGAAUAACGCUCGCUUCUUUGUUUUUUGUUUUAACUGUCAGGCCUUUUACCCACAAACCACCUUUGAAACUGGAUAUCUCUCUCCCUCCACCUCUUCCCCUUCUUACUCUCCUGUCUUGCUCUUCCUCCUCGCUGUUGUAUUGUGUUAGAGUGCUCUCCACCGUCACAUAAUGUAAUUCACAACACAAGCUCAUGACAUUUUCACUCGUCGUCACUUCUGGAAUGUUAACAGCCGGCCGGCCGGACCAAAGGCAUCUUUGCACCAGGACUGGCAGCACUUCAUGUUUCAAUGGAUGCACUCACACACAGCCAGAGGUCAUUGUGAUCCCUGAACUCUGGAGUUACAGACAUCUCUGUGGUGGGUCCAUGUGGCAGGAUGAUAGUUAUGAUAGAUGAGGGUUCAUCCCAUUUGGGGCGGGUUGAAGUGGUCACAGGAGUCUGUUUGUAGUGUACCUCAACCUAAAGCACUUCAUCAUUCUCAUAGCACUUAAUAACCCACCGCCAAGGAGAGUGUCAGUGUUGAAUCGAACACUUUGGAUCCUGUGACCUGAUGGUUUGAGAGACCAGACUUCCCCAUAAUAAAAGCACAGUUCUUACUUACCUCUACUCUUACCUGCCAGUCCGGGUUUUGAGAUUUCUUAGAUUUCUUCCUCCACCUGAAUACAAUGGUCCUCACAAUAGUGUUUUCAUUGCUGUGGUGCUAUACUGGAAAAAUAGUAGCCUAAGGGGUUAAGGGGUAUAUCACAACCACAACAGGGGCAUAUGUUGCAUGUCAUACCUCUCUUUCUCUCCCCAUGUUUCUUGUCUCUCUCUAUUAAAAUAAAAGACAAAAAAUAA